AUGGAGCACAAGCAUUUACUUCACACGCCGAUGGCUCUAGAGGGAUGGCAUGUGGUGUAUGCCAAGCGGCCAGGCCCACAUGCUGAUGGUAGCGGCAUCUUCUACCGCUCUGAAAGGUUUCGAGUUUUGCGUUCACUUGUAAUCAACUUCAACGACCUUGUUCCUCAAGAUGAAGGAACAGACAGUGCAUAUACAACCCCUGCUUAUAGGGCGGAUGAAGAGCACCAUGAGCAGCAGGGAAAACAUCGGCUUGAGAGCCCCCGCAUGGAGCAUUACCAUGUGGCUGCGUUUCAAGAAGUCAACCCGUCGGACUCCUCCAACUCUCCUGAAACGUCUGGGGGAUCUUCUGCACAGGGCGCAUCAGAUGGAGGUCGCAUUGUCAUUGUGGUCUCAUCCCACAUAUACUGGUACAAUGCAGUGCCUGUCUCCCUCCGUUUCCCCAUCCCCAUCCUCCCACCCUCCCUCUCCUACACACCAAACCCCAACGCAUGUUCCCACCAGAUCCUUCCUGUGCCGUUUAACAAGUGGGGCAGUGUGCGAUGUUUGAUGUGA